GGGCGCACAGUGGCCAGACACCUCCGCGCGCGCUACCUGGUGACUGCUCAUUGUCUGGAUUUCUCUCCUACCUGUGGCUUCUUAAACCCUCCUGCCUGCCACACUCGUACUCCCAUUCCGGUGGCCUCAUGGCUGCAACCUGUGAGAUCAGCAACGUUUUUAGCAACUACUUCAGUGCUAUGUACAGCGCAGAGGACCCCACCCUGGCCUCUGCUCCCCCUGCUCCCGCCUUCGGGGCCGAUGAUACAGUGCUGACCCUCAGCAACCCCCAGAUGUCACUGGAGGGUACAGAGCAGGCCAGCUGGUCCCAGGAGGAGCCCCAGUUCUGGUCCAAGGCACAGGUUCUGGACUGGAUCAGCUACCAAGUGGAGAAGAACAAGUACGAUGCGAGCUCUAUUGACUUCUCACGGUGUGACAUGGAUGGCGCCACCCUGUGCAACUGUGCUCUUGAGGAGCUGCGUCUAGUCUUCGGGCCUCUGGGGGACCAGCUCCAUGCCCAGCUGCGGGACCUCACUUCCAGCUCCUCUGAUGAACUCAGCUGGAUCAUUGAGCUGCUGGAGAAAGAUGGCGUGGCCUUUCAUGAUGCCCUCGAAAACCUAGGCCCCUUUGACCAGGGCAGCCCUUUCACCCAGGAGCUGCUGGAUGAUUGUCGCCAGGUCAGCCCGUACCACCCUGGCAGCUAUGGCGCAAGAGCCCCCUCCCCCGGCAGCUCAGACGUCUCCACCACAGGGACUGGCACUUCUCAGAGCUCUCACUCCUCCGACUCCGGUGGAAGCGAUGUAGACCUGGAUCUCACUGACAACAAGAUCUUCCCCAGAGAUGGCUUCUCUGAUUAUAAGAAGGGGGACCCUAAGCAUGGCAAGCGGAAACGGGGCCGGCCCCGAAAGCUGAGCAAAGAGUACUGGGAGUGUCUGGAGGGCAAGAAGAGCAAGCAUGCCCCCAGAGGCACCCACUUGUGGGAGUUUAUCCGUGACAUCCUCAUCCACCCAGAGCUCAAUGAGGGCCUCAUGAAGUGGGAGAACCGGCAUGAGGGUGUCUUCAAGUUCCUGCGCUCUGAGGCUGUGGCCCAGCUGUGGGGCCAGAAGAAAAAGAACAGCAACAUGACCUACGAAAAGCUGAGCCGGGCCAUGAGGUACUACUACAAACGGGAGAUCCUGGAACGGGUGGACGGUCGGCGGCUUGUCUACAAGUUUGGCAAAAACUCCAGUGGCUGGAAGGAGGAAGAGGUUAUCCAGAAUCGGAACUGAGGGUCUCAACUAGAGCCUGGACCAAACUCAGGGACCACUGUAGGCCCGCAGCCCCUCCUGGGAGAACAAGCAGGCCGGAAGGACCCUCUGCUCAGGCAGGCUCCCUGCUGUGCUGUGGAGAGAAGCUGAAGUUCUGGUAUAUCAUCAGCCACUGCCCCGGGAUUUGGAGCCCGCGUCUUCUCCUCCCUGCCCUCCUCUUGGAAUUACAAACCCUGGAGGCGAAGCAACUAGUCCUCUGUGAGUGCGGCUCAUUUAUCUGGUGCCUCCUCAAACCCAAUCCCAGAUACCAGCUGCAGAAGACAUCUUCCUUCUGCAGAUGCCUGGACUGAAUCAAGGAGGCCAGGGGCGGCCCUAGGCUUACACUGUGACAGAGAAAACAGAGAGGCCUAAGUGGGGUCCUCCAGCGCCCGUUCUCUGGACUGGCUUCCACCUACCUGUUCAGUGCUUGGGUUUCAUGGGCAGGGGUCAAAGCACUCCCUAAUUUAUGUGCUAUAAAUAUGUCAGAUGUAUAUAGAGAUCUAUUUUUUCUAAAACAUUACCCUCCCUACUCCUCCCCCACCAAGUGCUGGUGGCCAUACUGACUGUUCUAAGGCCCUGGCCAGCAAGGGAUGGGGUGAUGCCAGAGCCCUCAGGCUGGGGCUCCUGGCUCCUUUCUCCUGUGUAUGGAGGCAAAGACCUCCAAUAAAGUGCCUUCUGGGCUUUUUCUAACCUU